CAGGCAAAGAAGCCAAAGAUCCUCCAUCCAUCCACUGAUACAACCAACAGGAGCUCAAAGAAAAACAUGAAUCUGUCUUCCAUCCUCCUGUGCAGCCUCCUUCUCAUCUUAAACGUGCAGCUGCUCAGCACAUAUCCCAUCAGCACAGGUCUGACUGACACUGACAUGGACAUCCUAAAGGUGCUCCUUCAAAGACUAGAGGAAUCAGCUCCUGAUGUGGAUCAGAGUGUCCCCGCAGGGAGGGAGGGUCUAGACAGCCUCAACAUAGACGAAAAAGUAGAUGAACAGCGGACCCAAACUGGACUGGAUGAGGCAGUGAUCAGGGAGUUCCUCUCAGCAAAGAACCUGAAGAGCGUCCGUAACGACUCGUCCAGGAAAUCCUCAGGCUGCUUCGGUCGACGGAUGGACAGAAUAGGCUCCAUGAGCUCUCUGGGGUGCAACACUGUUGGCAGAUACAAUCCAAAGUAAAGAUGAAGUCUUACCAUCUAAAUUGUGGAACUGCAACGUCUUUACCAAAAGAUAUAUUUAUUUGAAAGCUAUUUAUUUACUAAUAUUUAUUAAAUAAUGUUGGUGGCGUACAAAUAUAUUUAUUUAAA